AUGCACGGACACACUACGAAGAACUGCUUCACUUGGAAAGCACACCUUGAAGAACUCGUGAGAAAAGGUCACUGCACAGAAUUCAUUGCGAAGCAGGCCAUCCAAUGGAUUGAAGAUCGCGACAUCGCCAAGGAGCCGCCCCAGAAGGUCAUAAGGAUUAACACAAUCCUCGCUGACUCCGAGGAGUCUGGACUGACUAGUAAGGAAAAUAAGAGGAAGAUCAAACAGGGCACUGUGAUCUCCCAAAUCUCGACCGAUCUUGCACCAGUAGAGGACGAUCCUAUGAUUGGCUUCCAAAAGAAAGCCCUCAUCGGCCUCUACAUGCCACAUAACGAUGCCCUUGUCAUUAGCAUUCAAAUCGCCCAGGCCGUGGUCAACCGAAUCCACACAGAUGAGGGCAGCGCGGCCAAUAUCCUGCAGUUGGCAAUCAUCCAACAGAUCAGCUUGGAGAAAAAGAUCAACAAAUCAGCCAGAUCAUUGACUGGCUUUAAUGGUGCAACAGCAGUUAUCGUGGGCACGAUAGAUCUCGACGUCUACUUCCCACCUAUAAUCAGCUCACAAACAUUCAUGGUCAUUGAUGAGGUCUCACCCUACAACGGCAUUCUGGGCAGACCAUGGAUCGACAAGAUUAACGCCAUCACCUCCGCCACACAUCAUAAAAUUUGGUACCCAAUUCCUGGGGGCGGUAUCGGCCAAAUCAACAGUGACCAAGCAAUGACGAGGAAAUGCUCCACCCAAAGGCUGAAGAAAAGCAAACAAGCGAAGUUUGUCCCUGUGAGCCAAGCAGAUCUGAAGGAGGUUGAACAAUCGAAUCUUGCUCCCUUAUAG